GCUAUUUUGAACCAGGCAUGCUCUCGUCGGGUGCGCGGCUCGCUGCCAGGGAGAGCACCAAGGACGACGGGUCGCUCGCCCGCCCCGGGUACCUCGCGCAGCUCGUGGCUGAGUGCACAGCAACGACGACGCCGCCCGAUGCCAAGCUCCAGUGUGUGGCCCACCUCGCCAACUUUGGCUACGACCCGAUCAACUACAUGCAUCUGCUGCGCUUGAACGUCCUGGACCUCUUUGUCGAUGUGCUGGACGAGGCCCUGCAAUCGCCAUCGGCAACCGAGAUGACAACGUCGUUUGCACGCUUGGCGAUGCAAGGGAUCUGCAACGUGGCGGCCGACCCACGGUUUCAGGUCUUGCUCAUGCAGAACGAUGCACUGCCAUUGGUCGUCGCCGCUAGUCAAGUCGAGGACAAGGCGACCCGCGUGUCAGGUCUCACAACGCUCUUCUUCCUCCUCGAUGCACCGCCCAACGUCGUGCCCGAGGCUGCGCUGCGCAAGGACGCGUCCAUCCACGCGGUUGUCGCGGUUGCGGCUCGGGCAUCCGAGACGGUGAUCGCCAACACGGGGCAGGCCUUUCUCUCGCGUUGCGCUGAGCUUGCGGCCGACGACGCUCUCGACGAGGCUGCCAUGGCGCGAUAGCAACAUGCAAAGGUGUUAUUUACACGCGAAUAUAGCAGCACUGUACAAAAACGGCUUGUUUACUCUUCCAAGUCGGGCAAGUCGUCGUCGUCCGAGUCCUCGUCGUCCAUGCCAUCGGGCAUCAUGCCGGCGCCCUGCUGGGCCAUCAUCUGGUUGAUGUCAAAGCCACCGCCGCCGCUGAGGG